UGGAGCGUGGUUGGAAUGGUUUGCAGCUGCAGGGAGGGAAACCGCACCACAGCACCAGCGCUAUGAAAAGCGAGUAAUGACGCGAAUCAUACCAAUUUUCCACACAAGAACGUGGACACGAAAAGAAGAAAUCCUAUAAUUCCCGAUGCACUAAAGAAUGAAAACCGGCACAAGAGCACUUUUCCUUGUGAAAUUCAAGGAAAGCGACCCUCCUGCUUUGUGCGAAGGAGCCCGUCUCAUCUGAUGAAUGGAUGAAAAACACCGCGAUUCAUUGUGUCAACCAGACAGAUUGGAGAGACAGUAACUACAACCAUCUCGCUGUUCCAUGUCUUCAUUUGACAGUUGCUCAUUGUUUUCUACCGAAUCCAUUCGCGUGAUGCUUUGGCGCUGCUUUGCUGUGAAGGACUGAAGAAAACGACUGCGUGGAAAUAUGGGUGAAGUUCAGGACGUAAAUAAUAUGAAGAAGGUCUUCGUUGCUCCAGCUAUCAAGUCUUUUGAACACUAUGACUUCUCUCGUGCUAAAAUCUGUUGCAGUCUCUCAUGGCUUCUGUCCAAAGCAUAUGGGAGAGACAGCAUCCCAGCAGACAUAAAAGAGCCCUUCUACACAGACCAGUAUGAGCAGGAGCAUCUGAAGCCCCCUGUAGCCAGUCUCCUGUUGUCUGCAGACCUCUACUGCCAGGCCGCCAGCCUCAUUCUGAAGAACAAUCCAGCUGAGCCUCUGCUGGGCCACGAUGCUGUCAUUCAGGCUUUGGCCCAGCGAGGUCUCUAUGUCACUGACCACGACAGACUUGUCACUGAGAGGGACCUUCAAAAGAGGCCUCUGCAAAUGAGUGCCCAUCUGGCAAUGAUCGACUCUCUGAUGAUGGCGUACUCAGUGGACACUUUGAUUGUGGAGAAGGUGAUGGUCAGCAUUCGGCAGUAUUCAUCCUGCUACUCUGAAGAGGAAAUGCCAUACGACACAGAGGAUGCCGUCACCACCUGGAUCAACAAGAUUAACGAGUACCUCAAAGACACUCUGCCUCAGGAAGAGAAGAAAAAGGAGACACAAAGUGCAGAGACUGCAGAAAGUCCUCGGUCUCCAACCAAGUGGUACAUGAAGCUUGUGCCUGCCCGGUACAGGAAGGAGCAGAGCAGCAGCCAGGUGAGUCCCUGGAUCCCCCCAGUGGACAACCUGCUGAAGGACAGCACAGAUGGAUCAGCACUGGGUGCUAUGCUUCACUUCUACUGCCCCCAGCUGCUUUCUCUCGAUGAUGUUUGUCUGAAGCAGAACAUGACGCUGGCGGAUCGUCUCCACAACGUGCAGCUCAUUCAGGAUUUCUGUAGAGACAACCUGGAAGGCUGCUGCCAUUUCAGUUUGGAGGAUAUGCUGUAUGCCUCGUCCACCCUCAAGAAUAACUACUUGGCGUUCAUGGGAGAGCUCUUUUGGUGGUUUGAGGAGGUCAAGCCCUCUUUUGUGAAGCCGAGAAUUUGGAACAAUGAAGCCACAGAGCUCUCAUCCUUGUUGAAGAAUAUCCCAGCUGUCCCAAUAUCUAAAGCAACCAAAAGGAGCUUCAUGGAAAGAUCCCCCAGUCCUGAAAGACCAAGUUUGCCCCUGCGACCCCAGCCUAAAAAUUCAGGUGAGAUCAAGAAAUCGACUUCGAUGUCCUUUGUUGAUAGCAGCCUUGGUACCUGGCCCAAAGAAAAAAGGCCUGGGCCUUACGGAGUAUCCUUUGACAUUCCCUUUGACAAAGAGGAAGCUGCUUCUUCUCCCCAUGCUGCCACACGCGGUAUGGUCAGGUCCAUUAGUACUGAUGACGGUUCUGGUUUUAAGGUCCACCACCUUCCUCGUGGGAUGAAGCGGAACCUUUCCUUCCAACCAGUCAAUGGCAAGAGCCUUGGCAUCGAGGAGGAGGGUUGCCCAGACAGUCUAGCUGGUAUGGACCCUGAAAGGCGAACCUACCCUAGUGGAUCUAGCAAAGUCACCAUAACAACUCCCUCCAUAGAGGAGGCCCUCCAGAUAAUUCACAGCCCAAGUAGGCCCCCCGUGGAAGGUAUCAACAAUGGCUUCUUCCUGCACAGUCCAGAACUUGGAACUGACCUUAUUAGCUUGGAGCCGUUGUCCGAGUUGGACACCAAAGGACCUUUGAGCCAGACAGACACCACAGAGGUGGACACUGGCAUCCACAUUCAUACAGAGGACAUGCUGGAUGAGGAUUCAUCACUGAAAGAUUGCUCUGUGAACAUGGAGCUUGAUAUGGAUACCCCAAGCCCUUGCCCAAGCAGUCAGAGCAAAUCCCCCACAGCACUGAGGAUGACCAACUUUGCUGAACAGAAGAUGAAGAAGAUCUUUCCAUCAGCACCAGACUCAGGCAUGGAGAGCAGCACCUCCCUUAAAACUACUCCAGAGGGCUCGGAUUUUGGUUUACCAUUAUCCGUUUCAUGGGCACCCACUCCAGAACACAGCCCCAUCCGUCAACAAACGCCAAACGCCCCUACUAAGGUGUUGCCUGUCCAGCUUCCACACAAUGACCCUGCUCAGGUCAUGGCAACUGAAAUGGUUGAGCUGAGGAUGCGCUUGGAGGAGAAACGAAAAGCCAUUGAAGCGCAGAAAAAAAAAGUGGAGGCAGCUUUUACUAGGCACCGUCAAAAGGUGGGUCACUCUGCCUUUCUCAGUGUGGUAAAGCGAAAAGGGGACGGAGCUGCAAGUGGAACAGAGGAAGGAGGGAAGGUUAAGGAUGAAGGUAACGCUGUGAGUCCCACCUUGAGGUGUGGUCGAAGCAGUGCAGACACACCUGAUGGAGCGGAGCAAAGCAGCACAAGCUCCUGUUGGCUAAGGUCUCCUGGUGGAGGUGAGGAGGGUGGUCAAGGGCACACCCAGGUUACUGAGGCGGAUCUUACAGAGUAUACGCGAUCCAUCGAGAAGCUCAAUCAUUCUUUAGCCUUCCUCCAGACCGAGAUGCAGAGGCUAGCUCAGCAGCAGGAAGUCAUCAUGGCCAUGAGGGGGCAGCAACAUCAGCAGUCAUGGGUCAUCCCUCCCUCUCACACAAACCCCUCGCCGCAAAAAUACGGUAGAGGCGGCAAUGUGACUCGAUCCUCCGGACCCUCUUCACCGGCAGACUCCCCUAGCUCCGCCCACCGCUCUCCGACCAGCAUCAAGCGUAAAUCCGCCUCCUUCCACUCACGUAAUCCCCGCACUUCUCGCCCUAAUGAGCUCAAGUUGGCCCCUUACAACCGUGUCCUCACCGCCCCCCAAUCUGUGGAUAGUAUCCCCAGGCUGCGACGCUUUUCUCCCCGUUUGCCGACAGCCAGCUCCUUUGUUUACAUGGGUGAGAAGCCUGCAGCCGCCAGUCCUGAGCCAGUCAACAAGCAGACAGACACACUCUUCUCCCCAGACAAAGAGCUCAGUGCUGUUUGUGCAUUUCCUCCCAGUUCGCUCAAAGAGCAAACACAGGUGGACUCAUAUGAUAAAAUCCAGGAGCCAGAAGCUCCCAGCCAACUAAACACCACUGAUAUGGAAAAAGUAGGAGUCGAUCUCAAACCUGCACAGUCGUCAUUCGCUGAGGUUUUGGCACACCCGGUGGUAGAGACCUUCACGGUAACCCGCACAGACAUCCCCACACUGCCGGAAGUCAAGGGCAGUCUGAUUGAGGUUCCCCUAACAGUUGUGAAGCCGCUAAAGGAUUUGACGCUGGAUGACAGCUUGGAGAUGGAGCUCAGAGCUGUGGAAGGCCAUGAGGAUGAACAGAGGAUGCAUUGCGGCUUCUUCUUCAAGGAGGAUGGAAAGGCAGAGGAAAACAUGGCUCAAAAGAGGGCGGCACUGCUAGAGAAGAGGAUGAGAAGGGAGAAGGAAAGCCAGCAGAGGAGGGUGCACCAGGAAACCGAACUGGAGCAAAAGAAAGAGGAGGCUCGGUUGAAAGCAGAGGAGGAGCGUAUCCGAAAAGAGGAAGACAAGGCCAGGAAGGAGUUCAUCAAGCAGGAGUAUCUUAGAAGGAAGCAGCUGAAGCUGAUGGAGGACAUGGACACAGUCAUUAAAUCUCGACAAGUUGCCGGCACAAAACAAAGACGAGGCCGACCCAAGUCCGUCCGUCGCGACAGCAUUGACUCCCCAAAAACUCCUGCCAGAGCUGCCACAGUAUCCAGUUUGUCCCUGGCAUCCCUCAACUUGGGAGACAGCGAUAGUAUAAACUCAGAGAAAAGAGCACAAAGAAGUGCUAGUUUAGCCUCUGGCAGUCUCCUCUGCUUUCUGAGCUCUCCUAAACUGAGAAGGAGAAGGCCAGAUUCGGCAGAUGGCUUCCCGUCCCCGAGUCGCAAUAGCAGCAGGAAUGGAGAGAAGGACUGGGAAAAUGGAUCCACAACCUCCUCUGUUACAUCAAUCACAGAGUACACAGGACCGAAGCUCUACAAGGAGCCAAGUGCCAAAUCUAACAAGCACAUCAUCCAGAAUGCAUUGGCCCACUGCUGCCUUGCUGGCAAAGUCAAUGAAGGACAAAAGAACAAGAUCCUGGAGGAAAUGGAGAAAUCAGAGGCCAACAACUUCCUGGUUUUGUUCCGAGAUGCCGGCUGUCAGUUCCGCUCUCUUUACACUUACUGCCCCGAGACCGAGGAGAUCCACAAGCUCACAGGCAUCGGCCCCAAGAACAUCACGCGCAAGAUGAUUGACGGCCUGUACAAGUACAACUCUGACAAGAAGCAGUUCAGCCUGAUACCAGCUAAGACCAUGUCAGCAAGUGUGGAUGCUGUGACCAUCUACAGCCAUUUGUGGCAAACCAAGAAGCCAGCCACCCCCAAAAAAGUAGUGCCUGCCCCCCAGUCCUGAUGGAACCUGAACAUAACCAUUUCAGUUUGAACUUUCACUGUAUAUUCUCUUGAUGAUUCAAACACCUGCAAUGCCAGUUAAAUGUGUUAUUUUAUUUCAGUUAUGUCAAAUUUUCAUCCCCGUGGUUCUUACUUCCCCAUUACAAAAUGGCACCCAAGUGGAAUGUAAGCCACUGACAAAGAAUGAUGUAAAUAUCGUACCUCUUUUUAAAGACAAGUCAUGUAGGACAUAAAGGCACGUGUGAGUACUGUUUUUAUUUCCUUUGUGCCAAAAGUAAAAAUCAAGACAAUAUGAAUGCUAGGACAUUUUACUCAGAACACGGAAGCACUGAAUGUUUUUAAUUCAUGUACAGAUAGAUUUUCAUUCGCAAUACGUUUGUGCGGCCUUACACGCCUUAGGUUUUAGCGUGUGAGUGCAGCGAGCUGAUUGUAAAGCCGCAUUCAGAGAGACUUUUUUUGUAGGUACAAUUUGGAAGAAGCCUUUUUGUUGUUAUUUGUGCGCAAACGUUUGUAUAUUAAGGUACGUAAAUCUAAGGGCCAAAAAAGAUUGAUUCCAUACAGCUAGCGUUCGCCACACAGCACGUGUGUGUUCAACUCAACAAAGUCAAGACGGUUUCAGCUUUUAUACAACCAUUUUCUUAGGAAGAAUGUAGGCCAUCUCUCCUGAUGAGAGUCUUCUUGGCUAUCGAGAUGUGUGAAAAUAUUUGUUGUAGGUAGUGAUUGAUCCUCUUUCUUGUAAUUGAGUAAAUACAGUAGAAUUAAUCCCUUUGUGAUUUCUUUGCACUUACCUCUACAGUAUUUCACAGGUAUGAAUUGUUUACCAGAUCACAGAAGUAGCUGAGGAUUACAAGUCAAUAUUUCAACUUUUCUUCAAUAUCAAGAUUUAGGGGAAUGCACUUUUAUUGUCAUGAAGACAUUCACUGGAUGGAAUUUGACCAAGUUAAGUCAGCAUUUUGUAAAAAAGCAAGAAGCAUAUUGGUUUUGAUUAAUAUGUGUCAUACAACGGCCAAAUUCAAAGAUGGAUUCUGUACAUGAUGGUUUUUAGUGCAGUACCACCAGGGAAAUUGGUCUUCAAACCUUUUGAGAGCUUUUUUAUAUCAAAGCAAGAACUGUUGUUUUUAUGUAGAGUAUAUGCAAGAUAUAGAAGAACCCUAUUGUUUUUUUUAUUUGGGUUAGUGUUCAGGUUUUACGUAGUUUUACGUCACCUUCCAUUUUCAAACAAUUUCUUCACCACUAAUCAGUGAUAGCUUCAUUUGUGACAGUUUACCAUUUAUGCUUCUGUUCAGAAAAAUUAUGUAUAAUCACUCAUGGUGGAAUCUGUCAUACAGACUGAUAUCCAGCAUAAUGACACCUAAGGAGGAUUUCCGUGCCAGUAAGUUGUAAACUGGUAUUUUCUUAGAGUAAUAAAUUGUAGUUUCACAGACACAAAGCUAGAAAGCUGAAUGACAGUCAUUGUUGUAAUAUACAGUAAUAGCAUAUGUAUUUAGAAGGACACCCUGUUAAACCAAAUGAACGUCAGGAGAAAGGUGUGUUCUAGUUGUAACAUGUUUAUAUUUUUAGUUUCAUUUCUCAUUUUAAUUGUAGGAAAAUCACACAGUGUCGUGAGACAGAUGAUGUUUUGCUACAUACGGGUAACUGCACCAUUUAUUUAUUUAUUUAUUUAUUUUUGGUGUGAGUAACAUAAACAGGUUUAAUGUGAACAAAUCUACUGACAUGA